UCCACGCCAAUAGGAGGCGCUGUGAUUAAGACAAACAUAGCGGAAGUGUUUAUCGAGAGGCGGGGCUCCGGGUGAAGUAUUACGUGUGCUUCUAACUGUUAGCUUGCGGCAAGUAAGCUAACGGUUACAUUUAGUCACAAACAUGGUGCUGCUCGAAAACGAUUCGUUCCUCACAGAACUCACUCGUUUGUUCCAGAAGUGCAGAUCUUCUGGUAGUGUUGUCAUCACAUUGAAAAAGUAUGAUGGGAGGACCAAGCCAGUGCCCAGAAAAGGCCACUCGGAGUCCUUUGAGCCUGCUGACAAUAAAUGUCUUCUCAGAGCUUCAGAUGGCAAGAAGAAAAUUAGCACAGUGGUCAACAUCAAAGAGGUCAUCAAGUUUCAGAUGGCUUAUUCCAACCUACUCAGAGCACACAUGGAUGGACUGAAAAAGAAGGAUAAGAAGAGCAAAAGCAAGAAAACCAAAGCCACCCAGUGAGCAAUAGACUCCUAGGUUUAUGAACUGACCCUGGUCCAGCUGAAAGGAUGGGGGCACGUCCCAACCCAAACGACCCCCCUCGGUCCUUCCGCCAGAAUCUGUGUACAUCCUUCCAGCGACCACUUCCAUACUUUGCCAUGACAACACCUCUACGUCGACUCUUGUGCCAUCCAUGAGGAUUUGUUGUAUAGCACAGAUUGACCGCUCUCGGCAGUCGUCAUCGCUGGUGCCCAAUCCAUGCAGUCCUACGGUCUGUUGUCCUCUUGUCUAUUUCAUGGCGACGCUCCCUAUUUCCUAUUUAUGUUCAAAUUAGAAUUGUCAAAAAGGUUUUUUUUAAAAGCCAUGUCUCUUGAGAAACACACGUAUUGAACUUUCAGAAGAGGUGCUUAGAAACACAUAAAUCUUUUUUUAUUUUUGUUGUUUUUUUUUUUUUUUUUACCAAUUUUUCAACCAAUUUUUGAAUUUUUAGUACAACUAUUCCCCCAUUUAAUGACCACACGAAGCUGCCGCAUUGGCCAUCUUAUUUUGUCAAAAGAAAGCUUCAGUUCAUCAUAACGUGAAUCCGAUAUCUUUAUGGAGCUAAAUAGCACAACAUACAGUAUAUGUACACGUUGCAGAUGUACUGAAAGGCAUGUUUGAUUUCCGGAUGAUGCAUCCUAAGUCCCAGCCAGUGCGUUGUGUCGGGGGAUUGCAGCAGGAUUUAAGUUGACAAAUAAAGUGCUGUGUUAAAAGUCA